GACUUCUGCAGCUCGACAAUUUUUCCCUUCGACGUUUUCUCAUCCAAAGUUCUUCUCCAUGGUAAGCCCUAACCCUCCCUCCACCCUCUCUCCCUCCCCCAAGAAACCAACGGUCACCGACCGCUGGAGAACCGAACGAUCACCGUCCCUCGCCGUCGCCGACGAUCGAAGGUUAAGUACUCCUUUUCUCUAACCAAUGGAUCCAGAAGAAAACACCAAGAGUGAAUCAAAAGAAGCUGUUGUUAAAGAUGAGGAUGAUAUGGAAGAUGCUGCUUUUGAGAAUGAACGAUGUGGAAUAUGUACAUAUGUUGUCAUUGACAGAGGGGUUUUGGACUGUUGCCACCACUGGUUUUGUUUUGAGUGCAUUGACAAAUGGGCUACCAUCACAAACCACUGUCCACUUUGCAAAAAUGAAUUCCAGCUUAUCACAUGUCUUCCGGUGUAUGAUACCACUGGAAGCAUCAAAGCUGAGGAAUAUUCUUUUUCCGGAGAUGAUGAUUGGUGUAUUCAAGGGAAAAACAAUACACUCUCCUUUCCAUCAUACUAUAUUGAUGAAGAUGCAGUUAUUUGUUUGGAUGGUGAUGGGUGCAAAAUUCGAAGCGGACUGUCAACAACUGAGGAUGGUUUACCUCUGGACACAUCAAUUGCUUGUGAUUCAUGUGAUAUAUGGUAUCAUGCUUUCUGUGUUGGAUUCAAUCCUGAGUGCACAUCCGAAAAUUCAUGGUUGUGCCCAAGGUGUGCAUCUGUUGAAGUGCAACAGAAGUGGGAUUGUCUCCCAAUACAAAACCCAAGCAAGCAUUUUACUUUGAGAAGUGCUGGUCAUGUAUCAAAUAUCAACACUUCCUUUCUGGGGAAGGUGUCAGUAUCUGUUGCUGAUGCUGGGGAGACAGCUGUUGUUGUCUCAAUGGUUGGGGGAGAGCCAAGGACUGAAGCCAGUUUUCCAUUGAAGAAUGAUCUAGAUAUUACUACAGGCAAAGAAAAUGGAACAUCUCUAUCUGAUUCUGAUGCCGGUAAUACCAAACUUGAUAUGCCACUUGACAAGAGUGGUUGUGUUGAACUUAUAUGUAACAGCUUGAUGUGCAGUGAUGAUAAGGGGUCCAUACCCCCGGUUCAAGAGAUUGAGAAUAGUUCUGAAGGAUUGUUGGAUAUGUCAUCUAAAAUGGAUGUCAUCCAACCAGAUGUUGAACCGACAGAAAAUUCAUUAGCAUAUGCAGCAUCUGAGAUGGUUGUAGUUCAAGCUGAUGAUAUACUGAAUACAUCAUUAGACCAAUCACAAGGUGCGAUGCUGUCUUCUCCCUGUGUUUCAGUAAUACAUGGUGGUUUCCAGGCCAAAAAUACAGAAGAGAUUACACACAGCUCUUGUAAUUUCAAUGAAUACAAUGUCUCAUGUCCUUUGUCAAGCGACAAUGAUGAAAAUAAAAAUGGACUGUCUGAAAACAACACAUGCGAUACCAUUCCUCAUCUUGACAUAUCUGUAACCUCUCCUUCAUCAGUAGAUGAUGUGGUCACCAGCACUAACGAGGAUAUACUUCAUGCUAUACAUCCAAAGGAUUUAAAUUCUAGAGGUUUGACAAUGAAACAUAUGGAGAAGUUUGAGACAGAUGUCAGAGGCAUCGAUCAUCUAAGUGACAUCAUUGGCAAACAAGAAGGAUGCUCGCAGGUGAAAGUGGAAGCUGAGCAUCCUGCGAAGAGAGCUAAAUUAAAUGAAAAUUCUCAGAUACAAUCUUCAGAAAGCCAAGAUCAUACUUCUGUUAUGGAGAACUCUCAGACCUGUUCUGUAGCAGCAGUAUUUCCUGAUGAUGAUAAUUUAAGAUGUGCCCCAUAUGAGGAAGCUCUAGCUCCAGAUAUAAUGGAUAUAGUACAGGAACCCAAGCAUAGAAAGUAUGAUGGUGAAGCAGGCAUAAAUCCUGUAACUAAAACCAUAGAAAAACGAGAUAAUUCUGCUGGGCUGAGAGUAAAAAAGAUAAUGCGAAGAGCUGGAAACAAGGAAUCAUCCAUUUUAUUUCAGGAAUUGGGAAAAGAGAUAAAAGUGGUUGAAAAUGAAACCUCCAACAGCACUGGCCAGGAGAAUGCCUUUGACGGAGAACUUCUGACAGCAUUUCGGAAUGCGAUGGUCAAACCUAAAAAUGAAUUGUCUAAUAAACUUGAUCCUUCAGUUCUAGGAGUGAGGAAGUCAUUGCUGCAAAAAGGAAAGAUUCGUGAUAACCUAACCAAAAAAAUAUAUGGAACAUCCACUGGAAGACGAAGGCGUGCAUGGGACAGGGAUCGGGAGAUUGAGUUCUGGAAGUACCGAUGUUCUAGGAUGAAGCCUCAAAAGACUCAGACAGUACAGUCUGUUCUUGAGCUUUUUAAAAGAACUUCAAAUUCUUGCUUGGAGAACUUGGAGAUGGAUCAGGGACCAGAAGGUGAGGCUACAGAUUCCAUAUUAUCAAGAGUAUAUUUAGCUGAUGCAUCAGUUUUCCCAAGAAAGGAUGAUAUCAAGCCCCUCUCUGCUCUUGCUGCAAGCUCACCAAUUGACAACAAUCAAAAUGUGAAAAAUAUUAACAAUCUACCUGGGAAAGAUUCUCAAACUACUUAUGAAAGUGCGGAAGCAGAAAAUCCCAAAGGAAUUUCCAAGGGUUUAUCCCCAGUUAAAGUUCCUUCAUUUGAUAACACAGGAAGAAGGUUGAAUGCUCCAUGUAUUACAGGAGAAGCUCGACCGAAAACAAGAUCAACCCCUGUUUCUUGGCUAAGUGGUCCUAUUGGAAGAGAGCAAAAUUCGAAUGAGCCAGCUAACCAGUUUUGUUCUUCAAAGAAUGACAAAAGGAAAUGGGCACUGGAGGUUCUGGCCCGAAAGAAUGCUUUAGCAAAUUCAAGUGGGAGUAGAGACAAACAGGAAAAUGGAGCCGUGCUCCAGGGAAAUUAUCCUCUACUAGCACAACUACCUGUGGAUAUGAGACCAGUGCCAGCAUCCAGCCGCCAUAAUAAAGUUCCUGUAGCAGUUAGACAGGCACAACUGUACCGUAUCACUGAGAAUUACUUGAGAAGCACAAACCUAUCAGUUAUUCGCAGAACUGCAGAAACUGAGUUGGCUGUUGCGGAUGCAGUUAAUGUAGAAAAGGCGAUUUUUGAAAGAUCCAACAGCAAGUUGGUUUAUACAAACCUUUGCUCACAGGUUCUGUCUCAGCGUACAAAGUCACAAGCUGAAACAACUGCCUCCCAUUUGACAGGAAACAAUGUAUGUGGUCUUGAUCACUCAGCAAAAGAAACAUAUGCGGAACCUGGUGCCACAGUGUCCAGCAAAGUAGAAGAAGCAUUGCAGAUGGCUGGUCUUUCUGAUACUCCUCCAAGCAGUCCAGAUAGAGUUGUAAAAAACCCCAGUGAAGAAGAUGAUCCUUCCCUGAAUGCCAACAAGGAAUGUCUUGAGAAUGUCCUAGAUGUUGAUUCACAUCCCGAGUUGGAUGUAUAUCAAGAUUUUGAGUAUGAUUUAGGGGACAAGGGUCAUAUUGCUUAUUCCAGCAUGCCUAAUGCUUCUAGAGUAUCCAAAUUACCACCAGAAGAUGCAGAUUCCAGAAUGAAGGUUAUUCUCUCUACUCUUAAAUUUGAAGAAUCAGAUAAAUUUUCAGAUUCUGAUUCUCUAAAGCCUUUGAGUUCUGUUAAAGAAGAAUCAACCAAUGAUAACUUGAUUGUUGAGGCACAAUCCGAUUCUUUCACCUUGCUGGAGUACCAAAAGGCAAAUGAUGCAGAAAAUGCAAAAGUAGAUGUUAGGCUUGAUACUCCCUUGACGCUGGAACCAUCUAGAGGGCAUAAAGAGCCUUCUUUGGCGGAGUAUAAAGAGUUGUAUAAGCCAGAGAAGGAACGUUUGGUGAAUGUAAUAUCUGAUGUAGUAAUUGGAGAAGGGAGCAAUUUUAUGGAGCUGGAAGCAGCAGCCAAAGGCACAAUUCCUCCUGAAACAGAAAAUGAUAACUCAAAGGAUGGAGUGACUGUUUCUGAGUUUGAUACUGAGAGCUGCAUGGAGAAUAAGGUACUUUUGGAUCAUAAAUCUUCUGGAGGGGGUAAUUCACCAACUCAUUCUUCUAUAGGUGAAAAUGCUCCAAAGGAGGGAAAAUCAAAAUCCACCAGUAACAAAUUCUCUGAUUCCACUUUUUCCAUAUCCAAAAAGGUGGAGGCUUACAUCAAGGAACACAUCAGGCCACUUUGCAAAAGCGGCGUGAUAACAGUUGAUCAGUACCGGUGGGCGGUAGUGAAAACAACCGAUAAAGUUAUGAGAUACCAUUACAAGGACAAAAAUGCAAGUUUUCUUAUCAAGGAAGGUGAGAAGGUGAAAAAGCUUGCUGAGCAGUAUGUUGAGGUUGCUCAACUGAAGGAAGUGUAGUUGUUGGUUCAUGGAAAUCAAGGUCUUUGUUGAUCUUCCUUGCAAAAUAUUUCCCUUGUUUACUCAGCUAUGACAUUCUAUAACUCAAAUCUUCUACCUCUGCAUGUUGUAUAUAUGACAUUAAAAGCAAAAUCCAUUUCCAUUAUACAAGGUGGAUGGCUAGGUAUUCCA